UUUCAUCUUGACAACUACCUCGAUAGACCAUGGCCAAGAAACCCCGGACUUGGGCGGCGCCGGCCUGCGACAAGAUCGCUCACGGCGAUACGAAAGCCGUGGAAGAUUUGAAGGCAUUCCUGUUGCACUUCCAAUACCUUCCGCAAGAGGCUAAACCCGGCUUGGAAGAUGUUCCUUCCGCAUUGAAGGAGUUCCAACGAGUGGCACAUAUCCCACAGACGGGAGAAUACGACGCAGCAACAGCAACCCAAUUGGCGAAACCCCGAUGCGGCAUUCCUGAUAAGCCAGGCUUCGAGAACUUCGCAGUUGCGGCUACUCGAUGGGAUAAGUUCAAUCUGACCUAUCGGUUCGACACGUUCUCUGAAGAGUUGUCAGCGGACCAGGUUCGAUCCAUCAUAUCGGCGGCAUUCGCCAAAUGGGCUGCUGUCUCCCCCUUCACUUUCACCGAAGUUGCCCAAGGAGACGCCGACAUUCGCAUUGGUUGGUAUCGCAACAAGCACCUGGGCGACGGCGCCUUCUUCGAUGGGCCCGGGCGUGUGCUUGCUCACGCGUUCUUCCCACCUCCCAACGGGGGCGGUUUCGCGGGAGACGUUCACUUUGACGAAGAUGAAACCUGGACAGCGGCCUUACUGGAGAACACAGCGCUGCAUGAAAUUGGCCACUCUUUGGGGCUAAGGCACUCAGUCAUCCCCGAAGCAGUCAUGUACGAAUUCGCGAACGGUGUGACGCAGCUGACGGACGACGACGUCGCGGGCAUUCAGUCCAUCUACGGACCUUUCCGCCCGGUAUACAAGCAAGGGGACCCAGGCCACGGAAUCGGCGGGUACGAUCUCCGCUCUCCGGAAGACAGAGUGUUCGCAUUCGACUACGGCCACAGCGGGAAGCUCGACCACUUGUGCUUUUAUCGCCCCGGAACCGGCACGUUCUGGAUCAUCCGCAACAACCACAACGGGAGCUUCACGCCCGUGUACAACCAGGGCGAUCCAGGCGCCGGAAUCGGCGGAUACGACCUUAAGUCCCGCGCAGACCGCGCCUUCGCCUUCGACUACGACCACAACGGGAAGCAAGAUCACAUCUGUCUCUACCGCCCAGGAACAGGCACCUUCUGGAUUCUCCGCAAUAGAAGCGGCGUCUUCGAGCCUGUCUACGCGCAAGGCGAUCCCGGCAGCGGCAUCGGCGGCUUCGAUCUCAAAUCGCCCGCCGACCAAGCCUUCGCGUUCGACUACGAUCAUACGGGAAAGCUGGACCACGUCGCGCUGUACCGUCCAGGCACCGGAACAUUCUGGAUCCUGCGCAACCGCAGCGGCGUCUUUGAGGCUGUGUAUGCGCAGGGCGCCCCGGGCAAUGGCAUAGGAGGCUUUGACCUCAGGUCUCCCGCCGACAGGGCGUUUGCGUUCGACUACACGCGCUCUGGGAGGAAGGACCACGUCUGCCUCUACCGCCCUGGCACGGGCACUUUCUGGAUCCUGCAGAACGGCGCCGGUGUCUUCAAUGCAGUGUACGCUCAGGGCGACCCUGGCCAUGGCAUCGGCGGGUAUGAUCUUAAGGCGCCAAUCGACCAGGCUUUCGCGUACGACAGCGACAAGCUCGUGUUAUAUCGGCCGGGGAAGGGCGCAGUGUUUGUGCUCAGGAACAAUGGGGGGAGUUUUGAGAAAGUGUAUGCGCAGGGUGAUCAGGCGGAUCAGGGGAGGGGAAUUGGCGGGUUUGAUUUGAGGUCUGGGGCGGAUCGGGCGGUGGAUUUCGAUUUUGAGAGUAAGGGGCGGACGGAUCAUCUAGUGUUUGUUCGGCCGGGCACGGGGACGAUUUGGAUUUUGAAGAAGUAG